UUUAAAAAUUUAAAAUAGGUUCUCGGAUUUGUUUGUUUACCUUUCGACAAAUUUUUUGGUCAAGCUUUAUAGUGUACUAACAAUAUAGAAUAAUAAUGGGAGAAAACGUUGAGAACCUGGAAAUGAACAGUUCCGAAAUAAAUUUCGACAAUUUAACCAUCCUAAAAGAAUUCGGUAAUAUUGUAAAUCUAGUAAGGAAUGAAGAUUUUCUGGAAAUAGUCCCCAAAGCGAAACUAAGACGUGUGAAAUGGAUGCCCAUGUUCAACUGUUUGAAACAGGGCAUUCUCGACGAAAUGGUUCAAGAACUAAGUGCCAUGUGGGAGUACGAGAACAUGCCACUAAAACUAGAAAUUCUUGAUAAGCAGAAAGAAAAAUUCAUGGACAUGGAAACUGACAAAGUUUUGUGGCGACCACAACUAGCAGAUGUAAACGCACAGUUAAAAGCAAGUGAUGUAGACAACUUGAAAAAGCAAAAAGUUCUACUUGAAGCCACAGCUAAAGAAUAUGAAGCUAGAGUUAAUAAGCUCAAGAAAAUACUAACUGCUAAGAGAGGAUACCUAAAAGCCCUGCAGUUGGAUAUUCAAAAGUACCAAAGGAGAAAUGAAGAUCUUGUUUUGAAAAUCAAUGACAAAUUGGAACAUCAUCAAAAUUUGAUUAAAUCAGAUGAUAGAUUUGAUAUCGAGACUGACUGGAAAGACAAGGAUUUAGAAUUUAAUUAAAUAAAGUAAAAUUAUUUGAAUAAAAUUUAUAUUUCAGAAAAUUGUACACACUUGAGAAAAAGUACAACAAAAUUUAUAAUAAGUUAUAUAAUUUGAAACUCAAUUGCUUUAAAAAAUUAUCUUUCUCUAAGAGUGUAGAUGAAAAUAGAAUGAAACAUUAAAUAUUAAGUGACAUUGACAGUAAAUUACAUAAUUUCUAAUGUUGCUGCUAUCUGUACCAGCUAAUUAUUAUACAGUAAUCAGUAUAGUUAAAAUAAGAACAGAUUUACUUUAGAGCAACAUAAUUAUCUUCUAUUAACAACAAAUUUAAUAAAGCAUCUAGUGAUGUAAAAGUAUGAAAUAGAUUAAGUCACAUUUACUUAGUAGAUACAUAAAGUGUUAGUUUUAAACAAAAAUACAUUUUGUAAAUGCAAACCAAAAUGAAAAUAAAAAUAAACCUCUUAGUUUAAA